AUGGCAUCCAAAUUCGAGAUGAGCGACCUUAGAAAACUAACAUACUACUUGGGAAUAGAGGUCGUGCAGCAUGAAGGAGGAAUUGUUCUCAAGCAAGACAGGUACGCUAACAGGAUACUUGAAGAGACCGGAAUGGACUUGUGUAACUUAACUCACGUACCAAUGGAGAUCAAUGCGAAGUUCUCUAUAGCACCUGAUGAAGAGAAGAUCGAUGAGAAGGAGUAUCGUCGGACUAUUGGAUGCCUUCGCUACUUGAUACACACACGUCCGGACCUGUCGUUCUCUGUUGGGGCCCUUAGCAGGUACAUGCAAGAACCAAAGGCCCCUCACAGCUCAGGUUUGAAACAGAUACUGAGGUAUCUUCGAGGAACCUGCACCCUCGGUCUUCAUUACUCGCGUGGACAUGAAGCAAGGUUAAUGGGGUAUAGCGAUAGCUCCCACAAUGUUGACGUAGACAAUGGCAAGAGCACUUCAGGUCAUAUAUUCUAUUGCGGUGAGUGUCAUGUGACGUGGAGUUCAACGAAGCAAGAAAUAGUAGCUCUAUCGUCUUGUGAAGCUGAGUUUAUGGUUGCAACAGAAGCUGCGAAACAGGCUAUUUAG